AUGGCAGAUGUAGAAUUUAGUUUGAAAGAUAGUGGGAUACUUCUUCCGAACGUCCGAAAACAAGGCAGGAUGAAUGUGUGCUAUGCAUAUAGCACGGGAGAAGCCGUAUCGGCUCUAUUUGCAAAAGAAUUCAGUGAACCUCCUGUUGAACUCUCUAUACAACAAAUCGCAGAUCUAUUGCCAAUAAACUUUAAUUACGAAAAUAGACUUCACAGAACAGAUGAAGUCGGGUGUUAUUUUGGUUCGCAUGUUGAUGCUCUUCUAUACGCAAGAGACUUUGGUUUGUUCAAAGAAUGUGACUAUCCCAGAAGAGGGAGUAGAAAUAAAGAUGAUAUCCCUCCUAUCCCUGAUAAACCGAGAUAUCGAAUUGGACAUGCCAAUCGUGUGUGUAUUGCUGGGGAUCCACAUAGGAAGGAUUCUGAGAGAUUAGUCACUGCAGAAGAGAUUAAUCGAGUGUUGGCAUACCAACCUAUGGUUGGUGCAAUCGAUAUCUAUGACAGUUUCGCCAACUUCAAGGGAGAUGGUGUCUAUAUGGGACGCAUUGCUAAGGAAAGGAAUCAAGGUGGACAUUCUAUUCUCAUAAUAGGAUGGGGCAUUAAGGAUGGAAUAGAAUACUACUUGAUUAAGAACACAUGGGGUGAGAACUGGGGGGACGGAGGAUAUGCUAAAGUAAGAAGGGACUUAGUAUACAUGUUGACUUAUCCUGAAGGCGUUGAUAAAGUUGGUAACCAUUAUGAGGAUUAUAACAGCAGUGAAACCAAAAAGGAGAAGGGAAAAUGUGCUCCUGGCAGCAGUGAAACCAAAAAGGAGAAGGGGAAAGGUGCUCCUAGCAGUGGUGGAUCCAGAAAAGGGAAGGAGAAAGCCCGAUAG